CUUGGCUUGGAGCUUCUGCUUGUUGCAGUGGUCUAGGCAGCAAUUUUUGUUUUUUUUUGACUGUUGGUUUAGUUGGCUUCUGUGAGGCAGUCUGCCGCAAAGAGAAACUGGUUGUUUUAUUUUCUUUUGCAUCUUUGCCUGAGGAGUGCUGCUACAUCCUGAUAUCCAUUAAAGACCAUGUUCCUUCUCCUGCUAAUUUUGAACCUGGGAAUGAAGCUUCAUCAGACAGCAGCUUUAUUCACAGUGACAGUUCCUAAGGAAGUAUACACAGUAGACUAUGGCAGCAAUGUGACCCUGGAGUGUUACUUUGACACUGGAGGUCAUGUGGAACUUGGAGAUUUAAGAGCCAGUUUGCAAAAGGUGGAAAAUGAUACAUCCUUGAACAGUGAAAGAGCCACUUUGCUGGAAGAGCAGCUGCCCCUGGGGAAGGCAUUAUUCCACAUCCCCAGAGUCCAAGUGAGAGAUACGGGGCAGUACCGCUGCCUGAUCAUCUAUGGAGUCGCCUGGGACUACAAGUACCUGACUCUGAAAGUCAAAGCUUCCUAUAAGAAAAUAAACACUCUGAUCCAUAAGGUCCCAGGGAUAGAUGAGGUAGAACUCACCUGCCAAGCUGAAGGUUAUCCCCUGGCAGAAGUGUCCUGGCCCAACAACAGUGUUCCUGCCAACACCAGCCACACCAAGACCUCUGAGGGCCUCUACCAGGUCACUAGUGUUCUGCGCCUAAAGCCACACCCUGGCAGAAACUUCAGCUGUGUGUUCUGGAAUGCUAACAUGAAAGAACUUACUUCAGCAGUCAUUGACCCUCAAGGUGAGAUGGAAUCCAGCACCUCUCCAACUUCACUGCUUCAUGUUCUCAUCCCUUCCUUCAUCAUUGCUUUAGUGGUCAUAGCUACAAUGAUAGUCCUAAGAAAACAGCUCUGCCAAAAGUUUUAUUCUAGAAAAGACACAACAAAAAGAUCUGUUACCACAAUACGGACAGAAAUAAAUGGAACUAUUUGAACCUGUGGUCUCAGGAGCUGGGGUGACCUGAUGGGACAUCCUCAAGAAGCUUCUGGACUCUGAACAAGAAUUCCUUGGCGUGCAGAGCUUGGUUGUUUGUCUUUUCAAAUGCCUUUGAAUGAGCCAGCACUUUAAUCUGGAGACUGCAACAAGACUACACAGCACCCGGCCAUGAUGUGCUUUAGAGGAAGUCAGGCAGCCCAUCUCUUCACUGACCUGGGCCUCUAAGCAAACACUAUUGCACUUUAGAAAAUGACCGUACUGGAUCUUAGACCCCAGUGAGUGUCCUGAGGCUCCUUCUUGCUGCCAGACUGAAAACAAUGGGAAUUUAUUGCCCUAAGUUUCCAAAAUGAUUUCCAGAAGCAGAGAUAAGUGGAUAUUUCCAGUUAUAGAAAUGGGCAGAUUGCCAAUAGGGUUAUUUUUAUCUAUAAAAUGUUUUCCAGUUUCCUCCAGCUACUGGAAAACCUGUUGAGACUUUAAGUUCAUAGGCAGGGCUUUAUACAAAGUCAAGUCAUAAUUGACAUAUUUCAUGGCUUACUGGAAUCUUAAAAGCUCCUGAGUUGUUCUAAUUAGCAGAAAGCAUUUCUGUGCACAGAGUGACCAACUACAAACUGCCAGAAAAGCCAUUAUUUUUGCAAGGUCUAAAUCACAAAGCAUUUAUUUUAACUUGUAACGGCAUCAUAUUGAAUGGUGUUUUUUUAAACUACAUCUUUCCUUCAAAACAUUGUGUUUUUUUAACCUCAGAUACCAAUGAUAAACAUUAAAAUUUUUUGGCAUGCUAAUAUUGUCGUGUCUGCAAAGAUUUCAGAUGAGCUGGCCCUAAUGGCCAAAACUUCAAACGAAGGCUCCUUCUGGCCCUAUAUAUGGCUUUAAUCUUAACCUGUCACUGUCUGUGUCUACAUCUGUGAUACAGUGACACUAGUUUAGGCCUUUGAUGGUUGGCACUGUGGAAAUCUUGUGGGAUCCUGCUAUGUGUGUGUCAAGAGGGAGGGUAACUGGACACAGCAGCACAGGUUAAUCAUGUUAAGUUUAGUCUUUGUGCCAAAACCACGAAGCCCAGGGCAUUAGUUGACUCAUGAGCUAUCCAAGUGUGUACAUCCUCAUGUAUAACAGAGUCUCAGUGGGUCUAAAGCAAGCUCUUUAACUGGUGCUCAAAGUGAGAAGAAUUUGGGUUAAUGGGAAUGAAGGCACAUAAAAGUGAGUAACAGAGAAACUAAACAACAUCUCAGUUUCUCAGUUCUCUGUCUAUACAAAUCAAAGGAUGCCUUUGAAGAAUAAAACUCAAUUGUUUAUUCUUCACCGUGUUUCAGAUCUUCUACUUUUGGCUAAGUGGUUUCCUCAGGGCCCGCCCAGGUCAGCAAGUCUAAUAUUCGGCCAGGCCAUUUGGCUCCCAUAGGUUUGAAAGCCUUUGAGGCACACUUGGAUGCUCACCUCAGAAGGGCAGGAUCCCAGGGCUGUUUUCCAGGCCCCAUGUGUUGGUCUGGGCCCCUGCUGGAGGAGCAGCAUCUCCUGAUGCUGUGGAGAUCAGGGUAGGCAGACAAGGCCUCCUCAAGGAAGCAGGUUCCCUGAUGCUGGGCCCCAUUCCCCCAAGACAAGCUGAAUCCUUGGGCAGUGGUGUUUAACUCUAUUAGGAAUCCAAAGGCAUAAUGGCUUCUGUCAAAAUGCAGCCAUCUUUGUUUCUAGAUUGGAGCUAUAUUCUAGAAUACCAAAUAAGGACAAGGUCUCGAGCCCCAGUGUCCUGAAGUUCAAGCUUCUAACAUUCAUGAAGAAGCCCAUAACGCAGUAUGUCCUAGUAUGACAAGUGUUCUAUACUACAGCAUACCAUCAUAACAUCUAACAUUUAUCAAGUACUGACAAUAUGCCUGAUACUGUUUAGCAUUUUAUACAUAUUAUUUGACUGAUUUCCCAAAACCCUCCGAAAGGGGCACUAUUUAUGUCUCCAUUUUAAAGAUACUCUGAGGCAGAGAGGUUACGAAAUUUAGUUAAGGCUACCUGUUUAGUUUGGAAGGGAUAGAGCUAGAGCAAUGAAAUUAUAUUCACUGUAACCCAUAAUGUGGCCUGAUUUCCUGCCGGAUGAGACUCUAAGGUGGGGCUUUACCAGCUGCAUACCUCCUGUAGUCUCUUUUGCUCAUCAAGGAUUAAAUUCACUCUUACUCUUUCCAGGGAGGCACUAUGGGGGGUGGGAGGGAGGUGGAGUACAGACUGUGGCAACAGAGAUUCCAACCCCAGCUCAACUGUGUAUGGUUCACACAACUUCAGAUAUAUCUGUUUAUCUCUCUAAGCAUCAUUUUCCUUAUCUAAAAAAUGAAUAAUAUGAGAAAGGCAUUUAGCACCUUGCUUUAUCAGGCAAAUAGUAAAUAUUUGAUAAACAUCAGGUAUCACUGAUAAUUCCCCCCAGUGCUAGCCACAAUCCUUGCCAAAUAGACAAUACCCAGAUACUAUCAAGCUAAUCUGUCUGCAGGGUAUUUCUCCUAUACCCUGCUCCUGAGGUGACUAUGAUCCUAGCUGAGGUAUAUCAGCAAGGGUUUUAUGUCCCUGGGCUUUCCUAUACAUAUCACAUUCUCCAGUAAAGUCAAAGGGCUCACCAAUCUUCAAGUAUGCCUUAUCUUCAACUGAGCCUCCACCCAGAACACUUCCCUUCUCAUUCACCCUGGCAAAAUCCUACCCACCCUUCAGAUGCCAGCUCUGCCAGUGAAUAUUGUUUGAUUUCCUCCAAUUGAAUAUAAACUCUCUUUACUUUAGACAAAGCAAUUCUUUCUCUGUCCGUCUGUGAAGCAGUUAUCUUUCUUGGUUUUGAAUCAUGAGGAUUUGAGAAUCUAUUAUAUCUUCCCCUUAGACUAUAAGCUCCUGGAGGAUAGGGAGAGAGUAAGUUUUGUCAUUCCUGCUGCAUCUUUUAUACAAUGGCUUCCUCAUGCAUGAUUGGCUCUGAGACUCAUUAGAAUAUUGGAGAGAAUGGCUACACUUAACAUUUUUACUUUUUAUGACCUUAACGUGAUUCACUAAAAAUAUAUAUAAUGGCAGUCCUUUAAAGAGCUGAAUGAGUUCUAAGUCUUAAAAAAAAGUGUCUUUCACAAAGGGAGCAAAUUAACAUUUGGCAGAGUUUGAGGAACUGAGAAAGACAAAACAUAAAAAUCACCUAUGAUCUCAUCAUCCAAGCAUAAGUAUUUUCAUUUUUGAUGUUAGCUUUUGCUCUUGUCCAGACAUGUGCAUAAUUUUAGCUAUAGUUGUAACAUUAUAAUUUUCUAGCCUUUUUAAAAUUUGUCAUUGUUCCAUAACCUCAUACCUACGUUCUUGACUAGUCUUCCUAACUAUCAUUUGUAAUGGCUGCCUGGCUCACAGAUUCAUGAUGAGCUAGAAUUGGGCCCAAACUCUACCUAUUACCAACCACUAUAAGUCCCUGGACCACAGUGGCAUUUGGGGUUCCUAGGGAUUAGUGUUAUCUCAGACCAUUAUUUAAGAAUCCCUGAAAAGUCUGGGUAUUUCUAUUUCCUCCAGUGCAGUGACCUUAGUAAGUGACUUCAAAUCCCUUUGAGGAUGGCUUGGAGGAAGAUCUGCAACAAAUAUUUGUAGCACUGUUGCAAAGUCCUUUCUCUUCAACCAGGAGCUCCAGAGCUGUGAACUGGUAAGGUCUGGGAACUGGGGGUGAAGCUGUAUGAGUCUCAGUUGUGAAAACUCAAAUCAGAUUUUUAUUUUAUAGAUCAAAUGAUGCUUUGAUAGGCUGACCAACUAUUUAAUUCUUAUAGCCAGCUAAAGAUUCCUGUAAGACAUUUUGAUUGCCACUCUGGGAUCUCAUCAUCUCCAUUGAAAUCAGGAAGCCCAUUUCCCACUAUCAUCCUUGACCUACAGAAAACAGACACCUGAGGUGUUUAAAGUUGCUAGGGCUCCCUCAUUAAUGCAUUUCUCAAUGCUUUAGUGAAGGAAAUAUUCCUUGGGUACUUUUAGAGUGAGGAAAGAUGCACAGGUUACCCAUGAUAAAUUACUCCCUUAUUCCUAUUUCCUUUACUGUACAUUAUUCUAGAGAAACUCUAUCAACUGAACAUCAUUAAAUGUAGCCUACUCAGCAUAGGUUUCAGGCAGCCAACUAAGCACGCAGAGCCACUCUCAACUACUCAAGCUAAUAUAUUUGUUUCAACUAGCUUUUUCUGUCUUAGAAAACUUAGUAGCUUAUGUUUAUUAUUUAUGUUCUUAUGAUUUUUGUAGGUUAGCAAUUUGGUCUGUGCUCAGCUGGGGCAACCUGUUUCUGCCUUACAUGGUGUCAGCUGCGCUCACUCAUGCAUUGCAGUGAGUUGACAGAAUUGGCUGGAGAUGCUAGUUUUAGAUGGCCUCACUCAUAAGUCUUGGAGUUGAUGCUGGCUGUUGGUUGGGUCACAUGUCUCCAGCAGGUUAGUCCAUGCUUCUUCAACAUGGAAGCUGGUCCAAAUUUAGCAAAAAGAGGGCAAGCUCCAACGUGCAAGUGCUUUUCAGAUAUCUGUCUGCACCACAUUUGCUGAUGUCUCAUUGGCCCAAGCAGGUCACAUAGCCAUAACAAAAAUUAAUGUGGAAGGGGAUUACAUGAGAGUAUGAUAUACAAAAAUGGCAUGAGUCCCUGGAGGCUAUUACCAUAACAGUGUACCAUAGCAUUUAGUCCAAAAACCUAUAGAAAGUGUAUUAUACCACAGCUACCUAAUUUUGGCCCCAACUCAAAGCUAUGUUCUGUACUUCUUGGUCUAAUAUCCUAAGAAUCCAUCUCCAUACAAGCAAGGUUUCUUUCAAAUACAGAUUUAAUACCUUGUAAUUCUUGUGGAAUAUAAACCUUUUCUUCCUGAGCCAGACUCUGCCUGUUUCUCCCUGAAUAUGCUGGGACCUGACUCAAAAUAAAAGCCUGAAGGCCAUGAGAUUGGAAGAAGUGGUGUUUAAAAAGAAUAGGGAUCCUGUGCAAAGCAACCACCUCAUAUGUCAUUAUUACCAGGUUUUCAAACAAAGAAAGACUGGUAUCAUCAAACAGGAGAUGAGAGGCUACUUCCUCUACCAAAGGAAGUUCAAGGAUACUAGGGGAUUCGAGAUUCCCAGCUUUGUCCAAGUCCACCCAAAUAUUCCCAUUCCUAGUCUCAGAGUCCUAUUCCUUCCAAAUUACUGCCUAAAACUCUCAUGUAUGAGCCUUGGCCAGUCUGUGAAUGGGUAGCUUUAGAAACCUUGUGAUGCUCUGAAGAUGAUCUGAGCUGAAACCUCUAUACAAGCACCAUAGUGUGAUCAGAAGCAGCCAUCUCACCUUACAUUCCCUAUAAUCAUCUUUACUACCGGUAAAAUAAUCCAAUGCAGCAGUUAAUUGAUUUCCAAAAGCCUGCUUCCAUUGGCACUCAAACCUAGCAAGAAUAAAUGAUAAUUUAAUGCCAUAGAUUACCAAUUUCCAUUUCCAUUGGCAAGGUGUUCCACUCUAAGUUCAAAGCAAUUCAAUCCCAGAAUCCUGUUUUUGAGGGUCUCUUAUAAGUAUCAAGUACUGUAUUAGCCAGGGUGCAGUAGAGUGGAUUCAGUAUUAGGAAUUGGUUAUAAAGACAUUAAAAGGCAGAAAGAAUAAAAAGUGGAUACCAAAGAGACCCUAAUAUUAGAAGUGCAGAGAGCAGCUAACUUUCUGUUGUCUGCUGCUACUGGAGUAACACUUUCAGGAACUACAAAAAGGAAGGAAUUCUCCCCCUCCCACAUUCCAGUCUCUAGGGUUUCUGAUUUACCAAACUUAACAAGAUGCCAGCUGAUAAGGAAGCUGGUAAAUGCCAAAUGCCAGCCCUGGCAUGACACAGCAGAAUAGAGGAAGAUAGGCUUGGAAUAGAGACCAGGAGGUAAAUAACCAACCCAUUCCUGAAUCAAAACUUAUUUGAAUAAAUGGAGAUGUAUUCCUUGAGAGAGGAAAAUACAAAGACAAUGAGUUCCAAUUAGAUUGUAGUGCAAGGAACUUUCUUAAACUUUGUGGCAUCUGACCAUGUAACAAAGGCCUAAUAUAUAUUUCUUAAUUAACUAAACAAGAAAAUAGUAAUUGGAAACUGCUCUGGCCACUACAGUGAGACAAAAUUAAUUUAUUUUUCAAUGUACUUUGUGAAGAAGUUGUGUCUAUUUUAUCAUUUGGUUGCAAAGUGACUUAAAUUAUAAAAGAAUGUAUGGCUUAUAUAAUUGAACAGCCUAAAGUGCAGUUGGGCACAGGGCUCCAAUAACGUCCUCAGUAUCCAGGUUCUCUCUACUAUAUCUUCACUCUGCUUCCUCUUUUUGAACUCAGUUUUCAAACAAGAUCUCCCCUCAUGAUACCAAGAUGGUUGCCAAUAGUUACCAAUCUUGUUCAAAUCCACAAGAAAAAAGAAAGAGAGAGAGAGCAUUUUUUUUCCCAUCAUUCCCAGCAAAAUCUAGAGAUUAAUUCUGGAUAAGCAUUUUUCAUGUGGUCAUGUGCCCAAUCACUGGAAGAGAAAGAAAGAAUAUGAGUGAUGUUUUAAGUCUGAAAGGCUGCUCAUAACAUGUGAACUGAAAGUGGGGAAUGUGAUAGGCCUCCAAAAUAGAAAUGGACCCUGGAGAUGUAGACACUGAUGUCCACUAUCAAAGCCACUUAUUUAAUCAGUCAGCAGUUGAUGAGCUCUUACUAUCCAAAGGUCUUUAUGUUAGAGGCUGGGAAUUUAAGAUGGCUAUAUCACGGUCCUUAUCUUCAAGGAGUUUGCAACUAGGCUGGUUAACCAAUGAUGAAUGUAACCCUGGUGUCUGCUGGAUGUUGGGACAGAUGCAUAAGGAUCAGGAUAUCCUUUGUGCUGAAGUGUUAGAAGUACCCAAAUGUAUCCACGGACUCUCCUGGAAUGUAUAGCAAGAUGUCAGGGACCUAUUCUAAGAA